AUGUGCCGCAGAGACAUCAAGCCCUUGCGCAGGUGCGUGUACGACGACUUCUUCGUCACCAACGAGGGCAGGAACCAGGCCAUCCAAGCAGCAGAGGGCAGCAGCAUCGCGUGCGUGCUGGUCGACAACACAAAUGACCGCAUCUCUUUCAGGGAGCCGCGCACGCCGCUCAAUGACGCCGCGUUCCAGGCAUUCGCAGACGCUGCACGCCCCCACCCCAUAUCCUUCAGCCUCGAGACGCUGCAGUACACGCCGGAGGAGGCCAUCUUCAUUCCGCCACGCAACACCAUCCCACGCCAAGACCCUUUCCCCUUUUACGUCACGUAUGGCGCGAUCGUGUACAUCACGCAGGACAGCACGACGCUCACACCGCUGCCUUUUCCCGCCGACACGCUGCAGGGGGUGUGCGCACCACGCAAUCCAACGCGCCUCUUUGCGUCUGCGCCAGGCACGUGCACCCGCAUCAUCCCAGCGGCAGACGAUGCCGAGCGUGUUCGGGCAAUGUGCAGCCCUGGCGGCGACCUUGAUGUGCCGGUCCCAGCAGACGCCGCGGUCCUUGCAACAUACACAGGCAUCACAACCAACAUCCAAAUCUCUUACAAUGGUGAUUGCACCAUCCGUUACAACGCAUCCACCCAACACUGCAUCAACGCUGUGCAAAAGGUCGAGUACACCAUCCAGCUUGGCCUCACCACCAUCUCCUCCCUCAAUGUUGCCGUGACCGUCGCUUCCUUUGCCGCCUCGGCUACCCGCACGUGCUGCAGCAAGUGCAUGGUGGCGACGCACGAGUGCCAUCAACGAUUGCAGCACCUCAGCCUGCACAGACGCUUGUGCCGACGCUGA